UCGUUUCCUGUGGCCGUGCAAGCAGCUCUCCAUGUACACGGCGCAUCACGCCUCGCGCACAACCCCCUCCAGCCGGGUAAGCAGGCGCGGUGGACGUGAUGUGGUCCCAUUCCUAGCGGACGGACGGAGCGAGUCGUCGGGAUUAAUUGAAGAACUCUCACCUGCAGUGUUUGUUGUCGCUAAUUAGCUUAAAAGCGCUUCCAUGACUUCUUCGUGCUUGUCUGGUACAAUUUGACUCGGGACAGCUGGAAACUACGAGCCAAAGAGACUGAGCAGCACCAACACAUUUGGGAGAAGAAGUAUGGAGUUUUUCUUCUGACAGCUGCGCCGCUGCACUGCUGCCAGACAAACAUCAGUGACCAGAGGAUGACUGACCAUCCCCGCAGCCGUGCAUCCUGACUGUCCCCUGCCUCCAUUUGUGUGUCUGAAUGUCCACGAUGACUUGGAGGAGACUUGACGGGUGGAUCCCCUGCUGACACCUCCGGUCCCCAGAUAUCCGCCCCGACUCCCCCCUUUCCUGACGGCUUUGGUGUACCCUGUUUCUGUGGAGCGCCCUCCCUCUUAAAGCUGCCACCAUGGCUAGCCUGGUGCUCAACGAGACCGGAAUGGAGGACUGCGGCAUUGACGACUCCUUCAAGUACAACUUGUACUCGGUGGUUUACAGCGUGGUCUUUGUCUUAGGCCUGACCACCAACUGUGCCGCCCUCUUUGUGUUCUGCUUCCGGAUGAAGAUGCGCAACGAGACCACAAUGUUUAUGACUAAUUUAGCGCUAUCCGAUCUAGUGUUUGUUUUUACGCUGCCGUUCAAGGUCUUCUACAAUGUUAACCGCCAUUGGCCAUUUGGAGAUGGACUGUGUAAGGUCUCAGGAACAGCCUUCAUCACCAACAUCUAUGGCAGCAUGCUCUUCCUCACCUGCAUCAGCGUGGACCGCUUCCUGGCGAUAGUCUACCCGUUCCGCUCCCGCUCCAUCCGCACGCGCAGGAACGCGGCGCUGGUGUGUGCCGCCGUGUGGCUGACCAUCGUAGGAGGAGGGAUAUCAGUGACCUUCUUCUCCACCAUUAACAGCACAAACAGAGCCACCACUUGCUUUGAGGGCUUCUCCAAGAGCACCUGGAGGACCUACCUGUCCAAAAUCACCAUUUUCAUCGAGGUUGUGGGCUUCCUUCUCCCCCUCCUGGCCAACUUGGUAUGCUCCUUGCUUGUUCUGCGGACGCUGCGGCGUCCGAUGACUGUUGGUCAUGGCUGUGACAGCAAGAAACGUGUCCUACGGAUGAUUUUGGUCCAUCUGGGCAUCUUCAUCAUCUGCUUUGUCCCUUACAACUCUAUCCUCUUCCUGUACGCCCUGGUGCGGACCCAGGCCCUGGCUAACUGCGCGGUGGAGCGCUUUGCCCGAACUCUUUACCCCAUCACUCUGUGCCUGGCCAGCCUCAACUGCUGCCUGGACCCUGUGGUCUACUACUUCACCUCAGAGAGCUUCCAGAAAAGCUUGACCAUGGGAGGCAAAGGGUCGGGCUCACGGCCCGAGAGUAUCCCCCGCAGCGACACUGAGACCCAGGACACAGAAAACACUCUCCCCAGAGACACACACACUCUGGCCAGCAAUGGAAAAGAGUCAAAGGUGUCUGAGAGUCAGUUCUGACUCAGUAGGGACAAAAGACAGUAAAGAAGGACAGUGUGGGUUUGACAGGAGCUCUGAAUUUGACAAAUAAAGCAAUCAGCUGUUUGGUCCUGGAAGUGACAAAACACAUAACUCAGCAGAUUAGUUAAGUCCUGAGGUAAGUCCUGAGGUAUGGCCUGGGCUUUACGGAUUAAUCCACCGCUGGAGCGCAUAGGAAUGUAUCUGUGUGUGUUUAUUAUGAGAGAACACUACAGGGAUCAGAGACCCAGCCAAACCAGGACUAUUGUCCAGUGACACGCAGAGCCUCUAAAAGAGACUGCAACACAUUAUCACUCAGGCUUAACACACACAAACACUCACAAAUGCACUGGAUUGUGGAUAGAAUGGAGAUAUCCAUCCACAUUGUUGAAAUAUGCUGUUUAGUACUUUUGUAACACACUGAGCCCUUACGUUUUAUUGUUAUGAAGUUGAAGCUUUCACAGCACAUAUAUAUAUAUCAUUUUAGACAUUAAUGUUCUGACACUCUUUAGUGUGGUGAGACCCAUUGUUGUUAUAACACAGCAGCGCGCUGACCUACUGAGUUAAAUGUGUCUCAUGUUGACGUUUUGAGGCCAUUAAAUGUCUGUUUCAAAUUGCA